AUGAUGAAGAAGAAAGUGAUGAUGAUGCAAGGUGGGAAGACAUUGGAGAGCUUUGACGUGACCCUCAAAAGACAUUUUGGAAGUCUCCCUGUCGCCCCUCCGACCUGGUCGCGCGGUGCUUGUCGCGCAUCGCGGGAGCGGGCGGUGAUCGGACGGCUGGCCACAGAGGGAGCAUGGCGCUCUUGGCCGUGCGCUUGGCGCUGUUGCUCCUGGCCGGGGACUUGGCAGCUCCGAAGUUCUUUCUCAAGCAAGCCUGUUAGGGUAGUCAAUUACAGAACCUGGACCAAGUGUUACUUCUGUGUGUCUGCCAGGAGAGUCUCUUUGGACUCUUUGAGCUCUGAGUUUGACCAACAUUCAGAAUACAGAACACCAAACUGCAAUCAGUAUAAAUUACCAGGAUGUCCCAGAGACUUUAGCCCCGUGUGUGGAAGCGACAUGUCCACUUAUCCCAAUGAGUGUACUCUGUGUUUGAAAAUCAGGGAAGAUGGGCAUGAUAUUAAAAUAAUCCGGAGUGGACCAUGUUGAUGGAGCGGUUUAUAGAAGAGAACUUGGAGAAACCACCUUCAGCAGUAUGCUGGAUGAAUUCCAUUUCCCCUUUUCUCUUUACUAUGUUCCUUUGCAUGGGAUUUGUUAGCCCAUACUUUCUGAGAGGAGGUGUGGAAGAGAGCUAUGUGCAGUGACUGAUAAUUAAAACAAACACAAAAAAAUCCUUGUUUCUUGGCUUUUGCCCCUUGAGUUAAGCUUAUUACCC